GUUGGCUGUUUCAGAAGGAGGGUCUAAUCCUGCACCUCUGUAGUUUAGCACCAGGACUUUGGAUCAGAAACCCCAGACCUCUGCUGCAGCAACAUAUAUCCCUUACCUUCACAAUGUCUCUCCUCACUCACAUUUUGGCCGUCUUGUUCGGGAUGGGUUCCUGGGUUUCCAUCAACGGUCUCUGGGUGGAGCUGCCUCUGAUCGUCCCGCAGAUCCCUGAAGGCUGGCUCCUCCCCUCCUACCUCUCCGUCCUCAUCCAAAUGGCCAACGUGGGACCCCUUUUCGUCACUCUAAUGCAUCGCUUUAACCCUGGAAAACUCAACGAAACUGCGGUCAUAUACGUUAUUAUAGGCCUUGGCACUGUAGCUAGCUUUUUACUUGGAUUUUUUUGGAAAGAAACUCUAUUUGUUGGCGGUUUCCAUCGCAGUGUCGCCUUAUUGGUCCUUACUUUUUUCUUAGCUACCGUAGACUGCACCUCCUCUGUCACAUUUCUACCAUUCAUGAUGCAGUUAAAGCCAGAAUAUUUGACCACUUAUUACAUUGGAGAAGGCGUAAGCGGAUUGCUUCCAGCUUUAGUCGCUUUAGUCCAAGGUGUAGGUGUUGUCCAUUGUAUAAACAGCACUAAAAUUUCAAACCAAACAUCCAAUACAUCUUCAUUUGAACUCCAAGCCCAAUACCAACCUGCAAACUUCUCCGUAGAGGUUUUUUUCUUUUUCUUAAGCGCGAUGAUGCUAGUGUGUCUGGUAGCGUUCAUUCUGCUGAACUACCACCCCGCAGUAGCAAGAGAACACCCCAACGGACGCUAUACGAAUGGGGUUCAAGUCAAAAAUAACAAGUGGGCCGAGAAGAAUUUAAUGAUCGAUUCUUAUAAGACGCCCAAACGAAGAAGCCGCUUUGGGACAGGGGCAUACAGUGUGGUGGAGGUGGUCUAUAUAUUUGUGAUUCUGGCGUGGGUGAACGGUUUGUCCAAUGUAGUCCUACCUUCAGUGCAGUCCUACUCCUGUCUGCCGUAUGGGAACAAUGCCUACCACCUGAGUGCGACCAUGGCUGCAGUGUCCAACCCUCUGGCCUGUUUCAUCGCUAUGUUCCUGCCCAUAAGGUCCCUGGUGGUGAUGGGGGCUCUGACUGCUGUUGGCAGUGGGGUUGGGGCCUACAUCAUGUGGAUGGCUGCACUCAGUCCCUGUCCGCUCCUGGUGCAUGGACCCUGGGGAGGAGUUAUAAUGGUCCUGUCAUGGGUGGUGUUGUUGCUCACUAUGUCCUACGUGAAAGUGAUGGUGGGUGUGAUCCUGCGUGAUGAAGGCCACAGCGCCCUCGUGUGGUGUGGUGCAGUGGUGCAGUUGGGUUCUUUGCUCGGAGCGGUCACCAUGUUUCCUUUGGUCAGCAUCUUCAGCUUCUUCUCAUCAGGAGAUCCAUGCAACACCAAGUGCCCCUGAACC